AUGGAAGAAACCUUAAGAGCUAUCCGAGAUAGUGUGGUGAGUUUAGCUGACAGAAUCUCAGAUGCCGAGAGAAGAGGGACACGCAAUCCAACCCGUGCGAGUUUUGAAGAAAGACAUGGACCGUUCACAAGAGCGAUCACCCGGUCCGUCCGACCGAACACGGCCAAGCCAUUGAAACUUAGCUACAAUGGGGACCGUGACCCCUAUCUCUUCCUUGAUAGUUUCAAGUCUCACAUGAACGCUAAUGGAUACUCGGAUGCGAUAUGCUGCAACAUGUUCCAGGAAACCUUAGCAGGGGAAGCACUUAGUUGGUUCUAUGAGCUCCUGUCGAACUCGGUCGACUGCUUCCGGGAGUUGGCCGACAGGUUUGUCAAUAGGUUCAUUCUACGGACGGAUGGGAAGAACACCGCCCAAUUAUUCAAAGUAAAGCAGGAUAGGGGAGAGAAGUUGAGAGCAUUCGUGAACUGCUGGCAAGGAGCCACAGCUAGAGUCAAGAACUUUGACAAAAAGGUUGCAGAGGAAGCGUUCAUUCAAGGGUUGCUUCCUGGAAAAUUUUUGUAUGCAGUCAACUUUGAAAAUCCGCAAGGCUAUGACGAGCUUAUGGAAAUGGUGAUCAAGCAUGCACAAGCGGACCAUGAUACUUAUGGGGGGACCUCGGCCGGGAAAAAGAAGGUCGAAGGGAGAGAAGGCGGGUCCCCGGUGCAAGUGGUCCAAGAGGUUAGAGCCUGGAAGAGAGAACGAGAGCCGGACUCGUACUCGGUAGGAAAGAGGCACAAGGAAAGGAGCGGGGGGAAGGCAGGAAAGCAGUAUAAUGCGCAACGGAAGGCAAGAGGGCCCUACCAGGAUACCGGGUACGCGAGAGCGGCGCCGGCAGGCAAAGAGCAUUUCUUAGCGCUCAAUGCCACUUACGAGACGAUACGGAACGAGAAUAAGUCUAUCAUUCCUCCUCCCCCGGCCCAAAAGUUUCCCGCGUCUCGGCUCACCAAGGAAGACACCGGGAAAUUUUGUGGGUACCACGGGGAGGCAACCCAUCACAUUAACAACUGCAUAGAAUUGAAAAGAGCGGUAGAGGACCGAGUGAAGGAAGGAAAAUUGCAGCAAUAUGUGCCCAGGCAAAGGCACGUCGGGGCGAUCGAAGUGUAUGGGACGAUCAACACCAUCCAUAACGGGUCCCGUAUAGAUAAUCGGAGCAACAAGGCAAAAAAUCAAUGUACGGGGAGAAGGGAUGGCCGGGAAGUCUUCGCCUUUGGAAGUAGCAAUAAUCAGCAGGUAACCACGGGUUGGAAGUCCAUUACCUUCCUAGAAGAGGAAGAGGAGGGAAUAAGGCCGCACGAGGAUCCGUUCUUGAUAACGUUGCAGUUCGAUCACUAUAUCACGAAGAAGAUCCUCGUUGAUACAGGAGCCUUAGUCAAAGUGUUAUUCAGGAGUGCCUGGAAUGGACUGCAUUGA